CAGCACCCGGCCGUAUGGUCAUUUCCCCGAGCAAGGGACCGCCCGGCAGCGCGCAGACACGAGAGGCGGGAUCGCGCGUCUUUAUGUUCAGCUGGAGCCAGCGGAGAAGUUCAGACAAACGCACUUCUGUCCAAGCCGCGGCAUGUGCAGGCCGGGAAAGCCCCUGCAUAGACAAUCAGUAAGAUCCCUGAUGGUUCCCAAUUGCCCCACCGCCCUAUGCUUCUCACGAUCGGGCAAUUUGACAACCGACAGCGACCUUGCUCAGAGGGAUCUGCCGGGUCGACGACAACAGCGCAAACGAGGUCUCAAACGGGAGGGGAACAAUUGGGAUGUCAAUGGAUGCGAGUUCGACAUCGCGGAACCAGAAACAAACCCUCGGCUGCAGUGUGCUUAAGAAGGAUCGCCCGUAGCAAUGCGACAGAGCGCAAUUGGCACACGGGCCAUCCUCUCCCUUCCUGGAGCAUGGAUGCAGAAAUGGCGUUGGCAUUCCCAUCCCUGUCGAUUUCCUGCAUGGGAUGCAACCCCCUUGCUGAGUCCCUGCGAGCCAUAUUGGGGCCAAGGUGGUAUGAUGGAGGAAAAGCACUGCACGACAAAGACCACGAGGCUCAGCCCGAUGCAACUCACCUAGUUUUCCCGAUUCUUAUUUUUCCAUUCUGCUGCUUUUCUGCUUCUUAUUCUUCUUCUUUUCCUUUUUCCCCCUAGUUGUACAUCCCGUGGAAAAAGAAAGAGGUCCUAAAAGGGCCGCUCGGGGGUUUUUCGUCAUGAUUCAGAAAAUGGGCCUUUUUUGCCAACGGGAACGGACACGAGGAAAUUGACGAGAAUAUCCCUGGUCGUCCCAGCAUGUGGCAUUUUGCGGAGAGAAGCAAUCUCAUCUGGAUGAUCGCCAACAAUCUCUUGACCCUGGUUGACAAUUGAGAUGAAUGAG